CGAAUCCGAAAGCGACCUCCAUUAAAGAUCCGCCUUCUACGACUCCUCCGAUUUCCCACUUCGCCAACACCAUCAAAUACCACAAAUUCAUCCUUCUUUCAUUCUAUAUUCUCUAUAAACAAACCCAACAAAUUCCUCUUCCCCACAAAAACCCCAUCUCAAUUUCUUCCAAUAGUAAUGGCCAGUAUCAAAGUCCAUGGAAGCCCAAUUUCCACUGCCACGUCCAGAGUUCUCGCUUGUCUUUACGAGAAAGAUCUCGAUUAUGAGUUCGUUCUUCUGGAUAUGAAAAACAACGAGCAUAAGAAACACCCCUUUCUCUCCAUUAAUCCGUUUGGUCAAGUUCCUGGGUUUCAAGAUGGGGAUCUCACCAUUUUCGAAUCAAGGGCCAUUACUCAAUACUUGGCCACGGCCUACGCCAACAAGGGAACCCAGUUGAUCCCCAACGACCCAAAGAAAGCGGCGAUCGUAUCAACGUGGAUCGAAGUGGAGGGCCACCAUUACGACCCACCUGGGGUGGCUUUGUCGUUCGAGCAUCUAGUCAAGCCAUUAUUUGGCCUCGGCGAAACCGAUCCCGCAGCGGUGGCAGAGAAUGAAGCCAAGCUGGGGAAAGUUCUUGACAUCUACGAGAAUCAGCUUAGCAAAAAUAAGUUCUUAGCAGGGGAUGAAUUCAGUUUGGCGGAUUUGCACCACAUCCCCAAUAUCAGCUACUUGUUGGCAACACCGUCGAAGAAGCUGUUCGAGUCACGGCCGCGUGUCAACGCUUGGGUGACUGAGAUCCUUGCAAGGCCUUCGUGGGCUAAGGUAACAGCCUUGCGCAAUCAGAGUUAAGAGAUUUGGUUUCAAUAUGAACAGGUAGUUUUGUGUUGAUGUUGGCUUGUUAAUGGUUCUUGGAGUUCCCAAAAGAGAAAAAAAAAAAAAAAAAAAGGUGUUUUUGCUUUAUGGGUGUAGUUUGUUUUUGUUUCUUAUUAUGUACUGUAUGGGAAAUGGAAAUAAUUGACUUUGGUUCACAAAGUUCCACUUUGGGAAAUUUUGGUAA